AUGUCAUUUGAAAUCAAAACAGUUCCCACCAAACCAUAUGAAGAUCAGAAGCCCGGUACUUCUGGUUUGCGUAAGAAGACGAAGGUCUUUAAGGACCAACCUAACUACACGGAGAAUUUUAUUCAAUCGAUUAUGGAGGCUAUUCCUGAGGGUUCCAAAGGAGCCACUCUUGUUGUGGGUGGUGAUGGCCGGUACUACAAUGAUGUCAUUCUUCAUAAGAUUGCCGCCAUCGGUGCCGCAAACGGGGUGAAAAAACUAGUUAUUGGUCAACAUGGUCUUUUGUCUACGCCCGCUGCUUCUCACAUCAUGAGGACGUAUGAAGAAAAGUGCACUGGGGGCAUUAUCUUGACUGCCUCACACAAUCCAGGUGGUCCAGAGAAUGAUAUGGGUAUUAAGUACAACUUAUCGAAUGGGGGUCCAGCUCCUGAAUCGGUCACAAAUGUUAUUUGGGAUAUUUCCAAGAAAUUAACUAGUUAUAAAAUCAUCAAAGAUUUUCCAGAACUAGACUUGGCGACAAUAGGGAAAAACAAGAAAUAUGGCCCAUUACUUGUUGACAUUAUUGAUAUUACAAAGGAUUAUGUUGAUUUCUUGAAAGAAAUUUUUGAUUUCAAACUAAUAAAAAAAUUCAUCGAUAACCAACGCUCAACUAAGAAUUGGAAAUUACUUUUUGACAGUAUGAACGGUGUGACAGGCCCAUAUGGUAAAGCUAUCUUUGUUGAUGAAUUUGGUUUACCAGCGGAUGAAGUUCUGCAAAAUUGGCAUCCAUCUCCUGAUUUUGGCGGUAUGCAUCCAGACCCAAAUCUGACUUAUGCUAGUACGUUAGUAAAAAGGGUAGAUCGUGAAAAGAUUGAGUUCGGUGCUGCCUCUGACGGUGACGGUGAUAGAAACAUGAUAUACGGUUAUGGUCCAUCUUUCGUCUCUCCAGGUGACUCUGUCGCUAUUAUAGCCGAAUAUGCCGCUGAGAUCCCUUAUUUCGCCAAACAAGGUAUCUAUGGUCUGGCUCGUUCUUUCCCUACUUCAGCAGCCAUUGAUCGUGUUGCCAAAGCUCAUGGGCUGAAUUGUUACGAGGUCCCAACUGGUUGGAAAUUUUUCUGUGCUUUGUUCGAUGCCAAGAAAUUAUCUAUCUGUGGUGAAGAAUCAUUUGGUACUGGUUCAAAUCAUGUAAGAGAAAAGGACGGUGUAUGGGCCAUUAUGGCAUGGUUGAACAUCUUGGCCAUCUAUAACAAACAUCAUCCAGAAAACGAAGCCUCUAUCAAGACGAUACAAAAUGAAUUCUGGGCCAAAUACGGUCGUACAUUCUUUACUCGUUAUGAUUUUGAAAAAGUUGAAAGCCAGAAAGCUAACAAGAUUGUUGACCAGUUAAAGGCUUACGUUACUAAAUCCGGCGUAGUCAGUUCCGCUUUCCCAGCCGAUGAAUCUCUCAAGGUCACCGAUUGUGGUGAUUUUUCUUACACUGAUUUGGAUGGUUCUGUUUCCGACCAUCAAGGUCUAUAUGUCAAACUUUCCAAUGGUGCAAGAUUUGUUUUAAGGCUGUCUGGUACUGGUUCUUCAGGUGCUACUAUCAGAUUGUACAUUGAAAAGUAUUGCGAUGAUGAAUCGCAAUACCAUAAGACUGCUGAAGAGUACUUGAAACCAAUCAUAAACUCAGUCAUCAAAUUCUUAAACUUCAAGCAGGUUUUGGGAACUGAUGAACCAACCGUUCGUACGUAA